AUGGCCCCCAGGAGACAGGAAACGGGAGGUGUGGCGGAGCAGGACCUGCAACGAGGACCUGGUGACUCCGCGGUCCCCCUCCCCAUGUCGCGCCGGGCGGGAGGCGCCUACAGCCUCCGCAGUCUGGGCGGCCUGAUGGGCGACCGGCGGCGGAAGGUCCCGGACGGCGGGGAGCGGAGCCUGAUCCGAGCCCCGUCCGCCGCCGCCGGCAUCAACACCCAGCCCGCCUCGGCGACCUCCACCUCCCAGUCUUCCACCUCCGCCGCCCAGUCCUCCAACUCCAACCCCACCGCCGCCACCACCGGGGAUUUGGAGCGGGCGGCGCGGAAGCAGUUCCAGCAGGAUGUCACGCCGGGGUUCGUGUACGUGCUGGCCGUGUUCUCGGCUCUCGGAGGCUUCCUGUUCGGCUACGACGCCGGGGUGAUCCCCGGGGCCAUGCUUCUCCUCAAGCGGCAGAUGAGCCUCUCUGCCGGGUGGCAGGAGCUGUUGGUGUCUGGCACCGUGGCGGCGGCGGCCCUGGCUGCCCUGCUGGGCGGCGUGCUGAACGGGCUGCUCGGUCGCCGGGUCUGCAUCCUGCUGGCCAGCUUCUCCUCCACCCUCGGCGGCGUGGUACUGAGCGCCGCGCCGACCAAGGAGGCGCUCCUGGCUGGGAGACUCAUCGUGGGAGUCGGGCUCGGGAUCGCGUCGAUGACGGUGCCGGUGUACAUCGCGGAGGCGUCCCCCCCCCACCUCAGAGGCCAGCUGGUCACGGUCAACACGCUCUUCAUCAGCGCGGGUCAGCUGACCGCCAGCCUCUUCGACGCCACCUUCAGCUACCUGCCGCACGACGGCUGGAGGUACAUGCUGGGUCUCUCCGCGGUGCCCGCUCUGGUCCAGUUCGUGGGCUUCCUCUUCCUGCCCGAGUCGCCGCGCUGGCUGCUGCAGCACGGCCUCACCCAGAAGGCCCGGCGAGUCCUCAGCCAGAUCCGCGGCAACCAGAACAUCGACGAGGAGUUCGACAGCAUCAAGAGCAGCAUCGAGGAGGAGGAGAAGGAGGCCGCAGGAGAGGGCCCCGUGCUGUGGAGGAUGCUGACCUACGGCCCGACGCGUCGCGCUCUGCUGGUCGGCUGCGGUCUGCAGAUGUUCCAGCAGCUGUCUGGAGUCAACGCCGUCAUGUACUACAGCGCCACCAUCCUCCAGAUGUCCGGUAUCCGUGACGACCGGAUGGCCAUCUGGCUGUCCUGGCUGACGGCGCUCACCAACUUCCUGUUCACGCUGCUGGGGGUGUGGCUGGUGGAGCGCGUGGGCCGCAGGAAGCUGACCCUGGGCAGCCUGAUGGGAACGUGCGUGAGCUUGGUUCUGCUGGCGGUGGGCUUCCUCCUCUCUGCCCAGCACACACCCCCCGUGACCUUUCACCCCUCCGACCCCGCCCUGGCCAACUCCACCUGCGUCAAAUACCAGGUGUGUGAGCAGUGCAUGCUGGACCCCGGCUGUGGCUUCUGUUACCGUGACAACGGCUCGGUAUCUCAGGAGGAGGCACCCUUCGCCUCCUCCUGCGUUCCGGUCAACAUGGCGUCCACCGAGCGAGCUGCGUGGGGCAGGUGCUCUAACGCCAGCCAGGGCAGAGAUCAGACCUACUGGGCCUUCAACUACUGCCCCACGCCCUACUCCUGGCUGGUGCUGCUGGGGCUGCUGCUCUACCUGGCCGCCUUCGCCCCUGGCAUGGGUCCGAUGCCCUGGACCAUAAACUCAGAGAUCUACCCCCUGUGGGCGAGGGGCGCGGGCAACGCCUGCUCGGCUGGGGUCAACUGGUCCUUCAACUUCCUGGUGUCCCUCACCUUCCUGCACACCUCCCAGCUCCUCACCUACUACGGGGCCUUUUUCCUGUACGCGGGCGCGGCCUCUCUGGGCGUGGUCUUCGUGUACGCCGUCCUCCCGGAGACGAAGGGCCGGCGGCUGGAGGAGGUGGAGGGCCUGUUCGAGGGCCGCCUCUGCUCCUGCGGGGCCACCGAGUCGGACGAGGGCCGGCAGGUGGAGUACAUCCGGGUCAAGGGGUCAAACUACCACCUGUCGGACAACGAGACGUCGGACGUGGACUAGGCGGCAGCGCUGGUUUGUUUUCUACGGCGAGGAGGAGGAGUUUGGUGUCUGCUUCCGUCCACCACGUGUUCAUCUGUGUUCUUUUUAUU